AUGCCUAAGGACGAUUUGAUGGCGUCAGUUUUCGGACAGGAGAACUCACAGUACAAGAAUGACUGCGCAGUCGGAAAAACCAUUCACGAACUAGCACAUAUGUUCGCGGUCACUGAACAAGAAAGGUCAAAAUUAUUGCGCUUUGCAAGGGCGGGCGGGCCAGAUCUCACUGACCUUCGAGGGUAUUACAUCAAGACCGGAGAACCUUCUUACUAUCUUGAUUACGAAGAAUCCACUAGCGAAAUGGGCAUUCCGGAGAAACCACCGAGACGCCCAAGCGGUGCAUCGAAACCAGAUUUUCUACGUAAAUGUAUUAGAUACAACAUCUACCCACGAACACACACGACCCCGAAGAGAAACUAUUCACCCCGACCUCAAAAUAUCGAUUCGAUAUUAGAAAUGUUAAGGCCGAAGCCAGGUGAUCACCUUGUUGGUGAUGCGGAGUUUAAAAACUUUGAGAGUGCCGCCGCUCACGCUACAUCACAGGCUUAUGUGAUGGGACAUUUGGUCACGAUGCUAUUGGGAGGCAGGGGAUUCAAGAGCAUGGAGAACGUCCCAUUCCUCAACUUGGAUUCCAUGACCGACGGUGAGCUAUCUGCACCUCAGCCAGAUUUGUGUGAUGGUGUCCAGCCCGAAACAGUAGAGGACAGUGUGAGAGAUGACUUGGAGACAAUUAUUGCGCCGAGCGAAGAAUCCGAGAGCCCGCUUGUAACUAACUUUUUCCUCCAAGCCGAGGGCCCACAAGGGACGAUCAAUGUUGCUCAGAAACAGGUGACACUCGAUGGGGCUUACGGCUCACGGAUGAUGCAUGCUCUGCAGAACUUUGGUAAAGGAACUCCGGAAUACGAUGAGAAUGCGUACACAUUCAGUGCUACCUACAUCGAAGGAAUUCUUUCUCUCUUUGCACACCAUGUUGCAGCGCCGACUAUUCAUACCAAAGGCCACCCAGGAUAUCACAUCACCCUUCUGAGAGGCUUUGUCCUACACGAUGAAUUGGCUUUUGCGGACGGAAUAUAUGCUCUCAGAGCCCUGAGACAGCUUGCUCGAACAUAUCGUGAGGAAUUUAUCGAAAUAGCAAAUGAGAGAGCAGACAACAUGCCGAGACUUCAGGAAGAACACGAGCCUACUGUCCAACCGGCCGCUGAGGCAGAUGCCGGCAGAGAUCGCACGAACGAGAUGCCUUCGCGGUCUGGGGGUGAUGAUGAUAAUGAGGGCGACUAA